GAGCAAUCUCGCUCCUGGUUUCUUGUUUCCCACUUGCUUCAUCUUGGUCCUCGUCUUUGUAUUCUCCUCUCAUCGCAAUGGCCGAAUCCGCAACCUCUCCCGCCCCUGCGGCGGACAAGGCGGACAAGCAAGCUAAUGUUCGACCUGCCAAGCCCGAUGAGAAUCUUUUUAAGCAGGAACUCGCGAAGGCUGAGAAGGAGCAUAAGGCUUCAAUGGACCGUCUGGCCGCUGUCAAGGCUAAGAUCGAGAUUGCUAUGCCCAACAAGAACAAGGACCAGCCCAACCCUACCCAAAAGCGACGACAAGAGCUCAUUGCUCAGGCCAACGAGAUUCGACAGAAGCAGGCUGGCGGAAAGAACGCCCGUUCUACUAAGCUCGACCAAAUCAAGCGCCUCGAUGAGCAAGUCCGAAGCCGAAUCAAUGAGCAAAAGGCUGCGAAGACUGGUUGACGAGAAGAAGGCCUUGUCAGACAUCUCCAGUCUCCGUAAGAUGCGCAAGAACUUCGGGCAGCUUGAGGAUUCCCAGAAGCAAAUUGAUGAUCUCCGCGCCAAGAUCAAGGAGAUCAAGGAUAGCAUGGACGACCCUGAGCAAAAGGCUCUUUCCGAGCAGUAUAACAAGAUCCAGGCCGAGAUCGAUGCUAUUAAGGCCGAGCAAGACGAGGCUUACAAGGGUAUCUCCAGCCUCCGUGAUGAGCGCUCCAAACUCCAGGCCGAACAGCAGGAAAAGUAUACCGCUAUCCGCAAGCUCAAGGAUGACUAUUACGGACAGAAGAAGGCUUAUCAGGCCUACGACCGUGAGGCUCGAGAGCGUUACCGCGAGAAGCAAAGGGCUGAGCAGGAGCGUUACCACCAAGAGCGUAAGAAGGCUGAGGCUGAGCGUCGUCUGGGUGAUGCCAGCGACCCUGCCUACCUCGACGAGAUCCGCCGCGCCAACAGCUUGCUCCAAUUCCUGGAUCCUAACCACAAGGUUGAGAAGGGUCCUCUGAUGGCCGACACUGGACUCGGUGCUCAGGCCCAGCGAAGCGUUGACGAGUCUGGUCUCAAGGGCACCAAACUCCUUCGCAAGGAGGACCGUGAUGAGGAGUACGCCCCUGCCGUGAAGAAGGGUAAGAAGGGCAAGAAGACUGCUCACGGCGGCUCAUCGAACAAGUUCAACGUUCCCCCAGCUGUUGUCGAAGACUGUGCUGCCAUGGGUAUCGACCCUCCUAUGAGUGCUGCCGAUAUCCCUGCUGUCGCUGAGAAGGUCCGUGCCAAGCUCGAUUUCUGGAAGAACGACCAGGAGGCCCAGACCCAGCGUAACAUUGAGAAGGCUAAGAAGGAGAUUGCUGAACUCGAGGCUGCUGAGGCUAACGGCGACAAGGUCGAGCAGACCACUGCUGACCUGAAGGAGACUUCUAUUGCUGACAAGCAGGAGUCGUAAAACUUCCUUCUCGUCGCAACAUUGAUUGCUCGUCGGUAAUCUCCCAUACCGUCGAUGCUCCCUGGGCUUACAAAUUCCUCCUGCGCUCUCUAUCUCGUCCCAGUUGAUCACUUAUUGUCCUCGUCCUUUCCGAAAUCUGUUGGAAUCCUCUGGCGCUCACUCGGCAUACUAAAUCAAGCGUUGAGCUUAUAUCAAACGUUAUUCAAAGUUGUCUCGCCCACCAACUUUAUUGUCUGAGUUACCUCCUGCUUCAUGCAUCCCUUCUCCC